UCCAGUGAAAAAGCUUUUCGAAAGUGGGAAAGCGCUACUUACUUUUUUAGUCACAAAUCAAACAACCGGCAGUUGUCAAAACGUUUUGAUUUUUAAAAUUGUCUCAAAAUCAAAUUUUUAACUUGAAAACAUUCGGAGGAUUCAAAAAUCAUCAUAUCUGUUUAACAGCUUAUCUACAAAAUGCUACGCCAACUCAGGAUGACGAUGGAUAUUUCGGGAUGGAUAUUCCUGCCGUGGAGACGCUCGGCGUCAAAUAUAAAGGAUACCCCGCCGCUACCGCUGACCAGCACCCUUAAUGAUGUGAUAGUGGACUACGAGGACCCUGACUAUCUUCCCUUGCCUGAGUAUCCUGUGCGUCCCAAUGAGCCUUUGGAUGUUCGUAAGCAGCGGCUUUUGUAUCAAUCACGCAAGCGGGGAAUGCUUGAGAACGAUCUCCUCUUGAGCACCUUUGCGGCCAAGCACCUCCAGAACUUUAGUGCAGAACAGACGGCCCAGUACGAUCAGUUGAUCAACGGAGUGAGCAACGAUUGGGAUAUCUACUACUGGGCCACCGAUGUAAAGCCAACGCCCCAGGAGUACGACACGGAGAUCAUGGAACUGUUGAAGGAGCACGUUAAGAAUGCAGAGCGUGUUUCACGCCUCCGUCAACCGGAUUUAAAUACUUAGUCUGUCCCUUAAAAACUUGUUUGCUUGUGUUUAUAGAAGUUAAUGUUUUAUCCAGGAGAUCAAACCCAAAACAAAUCCUUUUAAACAGAAUCUCCAUGAAUUGCUAAAGAUCAA